AUGGUUGUUCCUCUGAAAAGCGAAACCCCUAUUGAAAAUAUCUCUCUCCUCGAAAUAUACAUAAAACAGGAAAAUAGUAAUCGUUUCAUUCGCGAUGUUUAUAAAAAUAAAAUUUAAAUGGUAUUCUUCUAAUGUAAUGAUUAAAUGCUUCUUUAUUAACAUUGCUGAGUCUUUAUAGCUCAUAAUUGUUUUUAUAGUGUGGUCUAGCAGGUCCUCAUUUAGACUGAGCAAAUUCGGAAUAGAUAAAGAUAAAAAUUAAAUGCUUUUUUAAAAAUACAAGAAACAAACUUGAUGAAAUUGAUUGGUGAUCUAAACACGAGAUUUGCCGAGAUGAAAUCGUCGUUCAGGCAGAAUAAAUUGUUUCUAAUUAUUUAACUUUAUGAUAUCCGUGAAAAGUUCCUAAAUUUGUAACAUUUACGCCAACCGUGCUUACAUGUAUUUUUAUAAAUAAAUAUCAUAGAAAUGUGAAAUGCUCGGAGAUGAUAAAUCAAUCGUCGAAACGAUAUAUUAUAUAUACGUGUAAGGAAUUUAAUGAUAUAUUAUAUAUACGUGUAAGGAAUCACGUGAAGUACGUAACGAUACUACAAACACAAUUAUUAUUAGUUCAAUAGUUAUUAUUAUUAGGAUAGCAAGGUAUCGAAAGAUACUUGAAAAAAUACCAACAAAGCAAGCCACGCGGCUUCCGAUCAACGAUUUUCUAAACGAUCACCGAUUAAUUUUCAGACAUCCCGAAGGCGGAAAGCAGUCCGACGAAAGUAGAGUCGCAGGAAGCCUCGCAGAAGAGAUCGCAGGAGGCUGGUUCGAAGAACUCGAGCGAGAGCGGCAAGCAGGAGGCAAAGGAAGAGGGAAAGGACGGGGACAAAGAGAGGGAAGAGGCCGCGACCAGGAUACAAGCGGCUUUCCGCGGCCAUCACGCCAGGAAGAGUAUGAAAGAGACUGAAUCCUCGACAAAGCAGACGGGGACCAAAUCAAACUCAGAGCCAACCAAAGAACAACUUCAGCAGGAGUUCCGCGCCGACGACAAGGGUGAGUGUGUCACGUGCCAGCCCUCGAAAUCGUUCCCAAAAGGGAAGCCUUUAAUUUUAGACUCUCCUCCCUCUCCCCCUCCUCCUUCUUCUCUGCCAAUCUCGUCUAGAACGUCGUCUGCGUUUCUCCUCGACGAGCGAAAGAAUUUCGAGAGCCUGCUUCCCGAGAGCCGACGUUCUUUGUCCUUUGUAGCGUGUCCACCUGUUCUGUAA